GCUUCACUCACAUCAUCAAAUUAACAUCAAUACUAGCAGAUCACCUUCGCUACACCGCAAGAUGCAUCCGAUACUAUAUGCCAUCCUAGGCAUUGUCAUCAUCCUUGUGCUGGGUCCCGUCGUGUUCGCAGACAGGUCACCGAUCGUGGAAACGUCCGGCAAAGUCUCUAAGAUCAGCGCCUCAGCCGAGCUCCGGAAAGCCUUAUCAACAACAAAAUACGUAGUCGUCGACUUCUACGCAGACUGGUGUCCGCCCUGCCGUGCCAUUGCACCAAUCUUCUCUAAACUCGCCGAUGACCACGCUGUAUCUGGGCAACUCGGAUUCGCCAAAGUCAAUGUUGAUCACGUCAAGGAUGUCGCAAAGCAGUACGGGAUCACGGCUAUGCCUACGUUCCUGUUUUUUGAGGAUGGGAAACCGAUGCAGGUGAAGGUGGAGAGGAAGGGUGCGGAGGAGGGUAUUGAGAUGGUGAGGGGUGCGGAUGUGGUGUUGUUAAGGAGUGUGGUGCAGGAGUUGGCGAAGAAGGUGCAGAGUUCGUGAGAUUGUGAGAAGGUUCCCAAGUCAAACUAGUGAAAUGUAUGGCCAGAUUUCUGCGGAGUCUGUCAAUCCGCUGAUCCUCGAGGGGUUGAACAUUCACCCAGAACCCUGAAAAGUUGAUGCAUAUCUUGUAGCUUGAUUUCAAAGGAGCAAAAAUCAAUCUGCUCAUAUAUUUUGCAAAAAGGGUUCAUGUCAC